GGUAAGAGGAGGUAGGCCUAUCGGCCGCGCUGCGCUCUGCUCUGCUCUCCUCUCCUCUCCCAGAAACGUUGUGAUGCAAUUUAAUUUUGUUGUUUUCGGGCCUAAAAGUGAAAGUUUCCACUGAUAACAGACGCAAAUCCGCCCAGUCCCCGACCACUUAAGCCCCGACCGGAGUCAGCAGGGCGAGUCAAUCGAUUGGGUCACCAGCAGUAGCAGCAACAGAACUUGACCCGCUCCGCAUUCCAAAGGGCGGCCGCACAUGGGGCGCAGGGUCAAAGGCGAGCCAGAAAGACCGGAACACACAGAUAGCGCCAGCCGAUGAGCGGUCAUCGCAAAGUGGGCGCGGAGGCCUAACCUCAAAGCACGAGCACGCAUCGGCACCCAGAGAUUCCCGUUGUUCAUUCCUUAUUCCCAUUCCUUGCGGAUCGGACUAUCAGGAUCCACGGAGGAGCUCCACCGCCGCAACAUGCAGCGCCUCAUGCCGGCGUCCUGGACCAGUGGCGGCAGCCUGCUGCCCUUCCGCGUCUCCACCACCACAAAGGUUGUUCUCUUCUCACUGACCGCCGGCGUAGCCCUGAUGAGCGUCCUCUCCCGCUUUCUGCGGCGCCGCAAGCCGCCUCGUCCGCCUCGCCGAGCAAGGAAGUACACGGGCCGGAGGAACCGCAACAGUAUGCGCAGUCCCAACGACCUCAUUUCGAUAGCCGGGUCCAAGGCCUCGGCGAGAUCAGGCAGCCCGGUGGGCUCCAUGCUGGCCUACUCGGACCGCCUUUCCAUGGCCUCUGGAUCGAUUGGCGUUGGUGUACAGAAUGCGGGGCCUGGCAGCUCGGUGGUCACACAGCUGACCGCCCAACAGCUGGGCAUGAUGGGCAUGGAGGCGCUGGACACGGUAAUCAACUUUUGGGAGGAUGCCCUGGCGGCACACUAUUCCCCCGGCGGCCUUCCCGCCCUGUUAACCACGGCGGAGGACUCGGAGUUCUGCCGCGAGAUCCAGAACCUGCUGGAGAUGGCCUACACACUGCAGGAGCAGAGUGAACUGCUCUUCCUGGACCAGCGCUCGGUGCUGUUCCGCGAGGAGCAUUCCAUCGAUGAGGCCGAGGAGGAGGCGGACGACGAUCGGCGGUCUCGCAAGUCCGGCAGUGUCCUAAGUCGAGCCGGCUCCGAUCCGAACUUUGAUUCCGCGGAGAGCUUUGCCUCCGCGUUGGACCAGGUGGCGGAUCUGCGGGAGUUCGACGGCUUCAUCGAGACGUCGUACGAGGAGUAUCCGCUGUUCCAGACUGCCCUGAAGCAUCACGAUGAGUAUACGGUGCCGUGCCGCACUAUUCGGGCGGAGCUGAUGCACUGCAGCACCGAUACCGAAUACUUGGCCAAGCUCCACUGCGUUCGGCUGGCAUUUCAGUUCCUGUUCAAGGAUCCGGCGGUGGGCCAGUGGAUCUGCGAUGCCGGCCGGCAGAUUCUCACCGAUCUGCUUUGCCUGGGCGAUAAGGAUACCAAGGAGUUUCUCGUGGGCUACGAGGACAUGGUCAACUAUCUGCACGACAGCAGCAACUGGCCAUGCAUCCAAAUGGAGCUAGAGCAGCGCAACGUCAAGGCGAUGACCUUCUACGACAUCUGCCUGGACUUUAUCAUUCUGGAUUCGUUCAAGGACCUAGAUGCACCGCCAGCCAGCGUCACGGCAGUGGUGCAAAACCGCUGGCUGUCUAACGGAUUCAAGGAGACGGCUCUCACCACAGCCGUGUGGUCGGUGCUGAAGGCAAAGAAGCGGAUGCUGAAGUUCCCCAACGGAUUCAUGUCGCAUUUCUACGUUAUAUCCGAGCAGAUAUCGCCGCUGAUGGCCUGGGGUUUCUUCGGGCCCAACGAGAACCUGCGUGACAUAUGUCACUACUUCCGGGAGCAGUUGCUCGCCUUUCUGGGCGACAUCUUCAGCUUCCAGAAGAGCCGCUUCACCACCAUCGAGGAGUUCUCACAGGACGUCCUGCAGCACAUGCAGACGCGUGUGAACAACAUUGGCGUGAAAUUCAGCCAGUAACUGGCAUUCACUUUAGCCUUCUAACCAUACUUCUUGGACUCCCUUUUACUUUUUACAAACCCGAUUGGUUCGGUAGUUUCCCUAAGACAAGCUCAACAAGUUGACUAAUUUUAAAGCCUCAUGCAUCCAGCCACAUGACACCAAAUCCACGCAUCGUCAUUGUAUGAUUAAGCUGCAUUUAAGUCGCCAAAACAUUUGUAAAAUAAAACUGUUUACCGCCCGUUCCGAGCAAAAAUCCAGCUGCGAUGCCUCCAAUUGCGUGGGAGAAGUGGGCCUAGGUAACCGACACGUCGCAUACCCUUUACUGUAUAAGUCAGUGAUUUACACUGCAAAUACUGACAUUACCACGCACAAAAGAAGGUACUUAAGUCAAUAACUAAAUAUUGAUCGGUUAUUUUGUUUAAUCACUAAGACCUCUAAAAGCAAUAAUUUAUAAUUUUGUUAAAUUAUGUAAAACCUAUAUUCACGAAAAAGAUUUUUGGAAUUUGAAAAUUUAUAAAACUUAGUGUUAUUCCUAUAAAAUUUAUGAUCAAUUUAUUACUUUUUAUAAAACGAACAAUUUAAAUAAUUUAAGAGAUUAAAUAAGCACUACAAGAAACAUUGAAACAUUGUUGAAUUAUUUAAUAUAUUUUAUUUACCAAACUAACGACCAAUCGUUCCUUAGAGUGAUGAUCCCAAACUCCAAUAUCCCAUAUAAAUAAUGUUUUUUGUAAACUAAUUCUGAAUUAUGUGAAAUAUAGUGAUCAUUGAUCAGUUUAUGCAAA